UCCAUUUCACUUUUUCGCAUUCCCAUUCCUCAUCGUCUCAGUCGUGCUAGUGGGAAUUUAUUUAUAAAAAUACAAAUCAUGUGCGUAGUCAAAGUUCGUGACAAGAUUUCUUCGUAGAUAGACCUAUAAACUUGAGAGCAAAAUGGACUCGCUUUCAACUAGUUACUAUAGUCAAUACCUUUUGACAGCUUGUUCAGUCCUCACAAUAGCUAUACUUCUCAUGUUUGGAAUAUAUCUGGCCAGGCCCAUCAAAAUUAAAGUUGCUGAAGUAAAAGAACUCGUCAGAUCUGGAAUGAACAAGCCUCGUUUCCGAAAACGGGACAAGGUCAUGUUCUACGGACGAAAAAUGCUGCGCAAAAUCUCUUCUGUUAAACAGAAAGUAAAGAUGAUUUCAGGUCAAGUUCGAGGCCCACCUGGUCGAAAAAGAAAACUAGUCAUGAAACUGGCUCGAAGGCUUCUACCACGUCGCGAUCACAUGCCGCAGUCUCAACUAAAAAAUGUAGAGCCGCCUGUGGAAUAUCUUCAAGAGGACAUAUCGGAAUCUAUAGACCAAAGAUUGCCUCCAGAAGUAGUUUACAUGCUCCAAAAUAUGAGAAUGUUUGGAUGCUUCGAGAAACCGUUAUUCCUAGAACUCAUCAAACACAUUGAAACUGUAGAUCUUCGAUGCAGUCAGCAUUUGUUUAUGAUCGGCGAUCAGGAUACAAAUAUGUACAUAGUUCAGAGUGGUAGACUUCGAGUCUACAGCACAGAAGCUGAUGGCUCAACCAUAACACUAAAGGAAGUAAAGGGAGGAGAAGCUAUUUGUUCCUUGCUGAGUUUCACCGACUACCUAACUGGUCAGCCCAGUGUUUUCAAAACUGUUUCUGCCCAAGCUAUGGAAGAAUCUUCAGUUCUUCAACUGCCCGUCUCUGCCUUUCAAGAUGUUUUUGACAAGCAUCCAGACGCUUUGGUUCGCGCUAUACAAAUCAUUAUGGUUCGCCUACAACGUGUCACGUUUUUGGCACUUCAUCAAUACCUCGGUCUCAGCGCUGAGCUGGUCAAAUCGUUUCCAGCAAAACACCACGGAGGAAGUACGUCUCCCAUCAAACUUCGUAUGCGAGAACAUGCUUUCGUUCAGAAGCCAAUAAAUGUCAAUGAUCCGAUGGACUGCGCCACACCUCCGACGACUCCCUUGUCGGAAGGUAAACGACGAGUGAAGGAUGAAAAAGAUUACCAACUACUACUGCAAGUUGGUAUCGAUGGCUUCGUUAAGUUAUUGGGUCUUGAAGACCAGUCAUUGUUGGAUGGUCACAUUGAGGUUCGAGAAUUGAUUCCCGGAACCUACAUUAUGAAAGAAGAUGCUAUGAAAGAUGUGGCACUAGUCUACGUCAUUUCUGGAACUCUUUGUGUCUCUCAGCGCGCCGCUAGUAAAAAUGAGGACGUUCAAAUGUUUUUAGCUCAUUCGGGUGAAUUGGUUGGUGGAUUGGCCGUGUUAACUGGAGAGCCAAGCUUCUUUACAGUCCGCUCACGUCACACAACAUGCGUUGCUAUGCUUUCAAAAUCAACAUUUUAUUCGAUCAUGUCUGAGCGGCCAAAGGUGGUGUUACAUAUUGCACGCACCGUCAUUUAUCGCUUGUCUCCAUUUGUGCGUCAAAUUGAUUUUGCUUUAGAUUGGGUUUAUAUAGAAAGUGGAAGAGCCUUAUACAGGCAAGAAGAUGAAUCCGACUGCACGUAUAUAGUGUUAAGUGGUCGCCUUCGAUCCGUCAUUACACAUCAUGACGGGAAGAAAGAAUUAGUGGGGGAGUACGGACGUGGUGAUUUGGUAGGCAUCGUCGAAACACUUACGCAAAACCCUCGCAGCACUACUGUCAUGGCUGUCCGUGAUACUGAAUUAGCCAAGCUGCCUGAAGGUCUUUUGGAUGCCAUCAAGCUCAAAUUUCCUAUGGUCGUAUCACGUCUCAUCAAUCUUCUUGGGCACCGAAUUCUUGGCACAUGGCAAACACAAAGUUCUAGCUUUAAUCAAGCGUUACAACAGCGUUCCGUGCAAUCAAAUUUUUCAACCGUUGCCAUUCUGCCAGUUUCCGAUGACGUUCCCCUUUCUCCGUUUAGUCAUGAACUGUACACAUCAUUGAGUUGGAUUGGUCCCACAGUUUUAUUGACAUCGGACUAUAUUCGUCGAACUCUCGGCCCUACAAUCAUGGAAUCAGCUAAUGAAUACAAGCUCUCUGCAUGGCUCGGGCAACAAGAAGAUCAACACAAAAUUGUUCUCUACCAAUGUGACCAGUCCCUUACACCUUGGACUCAACGAUGUAUUCGACAGGCUGAUUGCAUCCUGAUUGUAGCCCUGGCCACCAUGGAGCCUUCCGUUGGGUUAAUUGAAAAGCAGCUCGAGACGAUUGCUGUUCGCACACAAAAGGAAUUGAUUCUGUUACACAAAGAAGGAGGUGACAAACCUCGAAAUACUGUUCAUUGGCUAAAUGCUCGUUCUUGGUGUUCAUCUCACCAUCACAUUCAAUGUCCACCAAGAAUAUUUUCCAGAAAACAUGCUUCACGACUGGCUGAUGGAGCGACCAAACCAGCACAACUUUUGGAUCGCAACAUUCAUUCCGACUUUUCUCGUUUGGCUCGUCUAUUGACGGGAGAAUCCGUCGGGCUGGUACUCGGUGGAGGUGGUGCGAGAGGAGCAGCUCACGUUGGCAUGAUUCAAGCGAUUCAGGAGGCCGGUAUUCCUAUUGAUAUGGUUGGUGGUGUAAGCAUCGGGGCGUUCAUGGGUGCACUUUGGUGUAUGGAAAAAGAUAUUCACGAAGUCACUCGCAAAGCCAGUUCCUGGUCGCAUAAAAUGACGCAGCUUUGGCGACAGCUCGUUGAUCUAACGUACCCAGUAACAUCAAUGUUUAGCGGGGCUGGGUUUAACACGAUGAUUCGUGAAACUUUUGGAGAAGAUUCACUUAUUGAAGAUUUGUGGCUUCCUUAUUUUACCAUCACUACAGACAUCACAUCCAGCUGCAUGCGGCUUCAUAGUCAUGGAUCCGUGUGGCGAUAUGUUCGAGCAUCGAUGUCUUUGAGUGGUUACAUGCCGCCUUUAUGCGAUCCUAAAGACGGCCACUUGCUUCUCGAUGGCGGCUAUGUUAAUAACCUUCCAGCUGACGUAAUGAGAAGUCGAGGGGCCAAACACAUUCUGGCCAUCGACGUAGGUUCACAAGAUGAUACCGAUUUGACAAAUUAUGGAGAUUGUCUAUCUGGAUGGUGGUUACUGUGGAAAAAGUGGAAUCCUUUCGCGAGCCCAGUAAAAGUGCCUAAUCUUCCCGACAUUCAGUCUCGACUUGCUUACGUUUCCUGCGUUCGUCAAUUAGAAGAGGUGAAGAAAAGUGACUAUUGUGAGUACAUUAGACCACCAAUUGACAAGUACAAAACGUUACAAUUUGGUAGCUUUCAUGAAAUCAAGGAUGUUGGGUACAAUCAUGGGAAAACCUACUUUAUUGGACUGCAAAAGGCUGGACUUCUCGGGACGUACACUAAACCAGGUGUUCAUUACCGGGAAUCGAAGAAAUCUUCGCCUACAACUUACCCUUCAGCCAACUCUUGUUAUCCGUACAACCAGCGUUACGGAACGAAUGAUACUCAACACCGAUCUCAAGGUCGACGAGGGCCGCAAACAUUUACGGAUCUAGCGGAAAUGGUAGCCAAAGUACGAGGCCCAGUCAAUCGAAUACCCGAUGAUGAAACAUCCGAAUCAGGAAGUGAUUUGGAAUACGAUAACGAUGAAGUCAGUAACGUUUCUGAAACGUAUGAUGACCAAGAUCUUGUGGACCACCUAAAUCUCCGACAUAGACGAAAGCGCAGUUCCUUGUCGUGCACGGACAGUGAAAUCCUCUCUUCAACAUAACUUACCAUUUUCUUAAUCAUAGACGGAAUUUGAAUGCACCUUUAUAGAUCAGUCAAAGUGCCUUCUACUACGUUUUGACAGUGUAAGCUGAUCACAAGUGUUUCGAAUGUUUCAAAAAUGUUGCUUGUAGGCGUAAAAUACGGUUGCUAAUAAUAUAUCACUAAUUCAUUAGUA